AUGACGACGGACGAGGAGACGACGGCCGCGGAACAGCCCAUCCUGGAGGACGGGACCGGAAGAGAGCAGCAGCGCCCCCUGCAGGCCUCUCUGGCCUCGUCGCUGUGCCGCGAGUCCCACUGGAAGUGUCUGCUGCUCACCCUGCUGAUGCUGGGCUGCUUCGGGGCGCUGGCCUGGUGCGCUCUGAGCCGCGUGCCGGUGCUGGGCUCCGCCGCUGUGCGGCCCGUCGCGGCGGCGCUGGACGACGGCGCCACGUCCGCCGCCUACUACAACGACGUGCUGCGUCUGGAGAGCCCGUGCUCCAGCGGCUACGUGUACAUCCCGCUGGCCUUCCUGGCCAUGCUCUACGUGGUCUACCUGGUGGAGUGCUGGCACUGCUUCUCCAAGACCGCCAUGCUGGCCCACGCCGAGUUCCAGGAAGUGUACGAGCGGGUCCAGAGGCUGCAGCAGGCCACGCCCUGCAUCUGGUGGAAGGCCAUCAGCUACCACUACGUCCGCCGCACCCGGCAGGUGACCCGCUACCGCAACGGGGACGCCUACACCACCACCCAGGUGUACCACGAGCGUGUCAACACCCACGCCUCCAGCUCCGAGUUCGACUACGCCCGCUACGGCGUGAAGGACGUGUCCAAGGAGCUGCUGGACCUGCCGCUGCACCCGGCCGUCCGACUGCGCUUCACCAAGUGCUUCAGCUUCUCCAGCGCUCGAGCUGAGGCUGCCUACCUGACACAGCGCGCCCGCUUCUUCGGGGAGAACGAGGGUCUGGACGACUACAUGGAGGCCCGGGAGGGAAUGCACCUGAAGAACGUGGACUUCCGGGAGCACAUCCUGGCGUUCCCGGACCCCACGCGGCCCCCCUGGUACUCCCGGCACCGCGUGUUCUGGCUGGCCUCGGCGCUGCUGCUCUCCUGGCCCCUGAGGGUGGUGUCGGAGUACCGCACGGCCUACGUCCACUACCACGUGGAGAAGCUGUUCGGCGAGAACGAGGAGAGCGGGGCGGGGGGGGCGGGCGGGGCCGGAGGGGGGGCCGAUGGGCCCUCGGAGAACGGCGCGGCGCGCGGCGGGGCGGGCCUGGCGGGGGCCAGCUACAGGGCCAUCUCGCGGGUCAACACGGUGGACAUGACGGAGCUGGAGUGGCACAUCCGCUGCAACCAGCAGAUGGUCCCCAGCUACUCGGAGGCGCUGCUCAUGGACCUGGACACGGGCGGGGGGGGCCCCACCGCCACCACCACGCCCGUCUCCGGGCCCCCGGGCGCCCCGGGGCUCCAGGGGCCCGCCCCCCCGCUGGCCCUGCCCGCCGUCUUCAACUCGGCCUACCUCCUGCAGAGCUGCCCGCGCUGCCGGCGCACCUCGUCCAGCUCCAGCCUGCCGUCCCGGCUGCGGGCGCCCAGCGGCACCACUGCGCUGCUCAACGCCACCGUGGCCGGCAUGCGGGCGGCGGGGGGGCGGGGGGCCGGGCCGGCGCCGCCCGGGGGGGGGCCCCGGCUGGUGCUGAGCCGCAGCGGCUUCUCGCUGGGCCGGCUGGCGGUGGGACGGCCCGCCAGCCUCUUCCACUCCCGCAGCAUGGGGGGGGGGCUGGCCGGGAGGGGGGAGGACGGAGGAGGAGGGGGAGGAGGGGGAGGAGGGAGCAGCGGGGGAGGGGGCAGCGGGGGGAGCGGGGGAGGGGGAGGGGGGUUCCUGGGGCUGGGGUCCCGGCAGGACGACGAGGAGAGCCGGGGGGUGCUGGAGGGGGAGGAGCAGGCGGAGGAGGAGAGGGAGGGGGGGGAGGAGGACAGGGGCAGAGGAGAGGGCGGGCCGGGCGAGAGGCAGGGGGGGGAGGAGGAGGAGGGGGGCAGCGAGGCCAGGGAGGCGGGGGAGAGAGAGAGACCCCCCUCCUACCAGGACGCCUUCUUCUUCCCCGUGCUCAUCGUCCACGGAGAGGAGAGCUGCCACGGGGGGGACCGCAUGUGA